AUGGAGCGAUGGUCAGGCCGAGUUGCCGUGGUGACAGGAGCAAGCAGUGGCAUUGGAGCAGCCAUUGCAGAGGAACUCGUAAAAAAGGGGCUCAAAGUCGUCGGACUGGCCAGAAGACAAGAGCGAAUUCAGGAACUGUCCAAAUCUCUUAAGUCGGCGAAAGGCAAAUUGUACGCGGUUAAAUGUGACGUCAGCAAGGAAUCUGAUGUUCAGGGCGCCUUUAAGUGGGUCAAGGACAACCUCGGAGGCGUGGACAUCCUCGUAAAUAACGCUGCUGCAGGCUACGAUACUUCCCUCAUAAAUGGAUCAACAGAAGAAAUGAAGAAAAUGUUGGACCUGAACGUUCUGGGUCUUAGUGUGUGCACCAAAGAAGCGCUCCAGUCCAUGAAGGAGAGGGGAGUGGACGACGGACACAUCAUCCACAUUAACAGUCUUGCUGGUCACAUGCCUCCAGGAGAAAAGUACGCCAUAUACUACGCUACAAAGCACGCUGUCACAGCGCUGACUGAGGGACUUCGUCGUGAACUGGUGAAGCAGAACUCAAAAAUAAGGGUCACUAGUCUGAGUCCUGGGCUCGUGAAGACAGAAAUGCCCCCCCAAGCCUUCCUGGACGCCUGCCCUUACUUGAACGCCGAAGAUAUCGCUGACGGCGUUUUGUAUGUUUUGGGUACUCCACCUCAUGUUCAGGUAUUGGAACUUAUCCACGUAGUGACGUAUUAUCAAGUCAGUUUGAUGUGGUUUUAA